ACCUAGUGGCCCCUGAAUUUGUUCUUUUUUUUUUUUUUUUUUGGUCUUCAUGUCUUGUUCUGCUAUUAAAGACCCCAAAUCACCCUAUAAAAGUUCCCAGUUUUCCUUGCAGUUCCACCAUGAAAUACAUAGAAGGUAUUGAAGUUUGUAAUAGAUACCUCCAGACUGCUACUUCCAACAGACUUAUGCAGCCUCACACCUAACUCUUCUGCCUGCUUCCUGAUACAAUUUCCAAAGUAACCAUUGGGACCUUAAAAAUGAUCUAAGCUCCCUUGUUUUGUAGGUAAAAAAACUGAGGACCAAAGAGGGAAAGUGGCUUGCCCAAAGUUGAACAGCAAAAUGGAUAUCCCAAAUUCUCCCACCUCCAAAUGUAUCACUUACUGGAAGAGAAAAGUUAAGUCUGAGUAUAUGCGACUUCGACAGCUCAAACGGUUUCAGGCAAAUAUGGGUGCAAAGGCCCUGUUUGUGGCCAAUUUUGCAAAAGUUCAAGAAAAAACUCAGAUCCUCAAUGAAGACUGGAAGAGGCUCCGAAUCCAGCCUGUUCAAUUGAUGAAGCCUGUGAGUGGGCAUCCUUUCCUCAAAAAGUGUACUGUAGAAAGCAAUUUUCCAGGAUUUGACAGCCAGGAUAUGUUAAUGAGAUCUCUGAAUACGGUUGCAUUGGUACCCAUCAUGUAUUCCUGGUCUCCUCUCCAGCAAAAUUUCAUGGUGGAAGAUGAGACUGUUUUGUGCAAUAUUCCCUACAUGGGAGAUGAGGUUAAAGAAGAAGAUGAAACUUUCAUUGAAGAACUGAUCAAUAACUAUGAUGGGAAAGUCCAUGGGGAAGAAGAGAUGAUCCCAGGUUCUGUCCUGAUCAGUGAUGCUGUGUUCUUGGAGUUGGUUGAUGCCCUGAAUCAGUACUCAGAUGAGGAAGAGGAGGGGCACAACAAUGACUCUUCUGAAGGGAAACAGGAGGACAACAAGGAAGAGUUGCCAGUCCUUAGGAAGAGAAAACGACUCACCAUUGAAGGUUCUGAUAAUAGCCCCCAGAAGCUUUCUGUCAUUUUUGGUUCAGGCAACAAAAAGAGUUCCAAGAAACAAUUUCCAAAUGACAUGAUCUUCAGUGCCAUUUCUUCCAUGUUCCCUGAGAAUGGUGUUCCGGAUGACAUGAAAGAGAGGUAUCGCGAACUCACAGAGGUGUCGGACCCCAAUGUUUUGCCUCCCCAGUGCACCCCAAACAUCGAUGGCCCUUGUGCCAAGUCUGUGCAGCGAGAACAGUCAUUGCAUUCCUUCCACACACUCUUCUGCCGACGUUGCUUCAAAUAUGACUGCUUCCUUCACCCUUUUCAUGCCACACCUAAUGUGUACAAACGGAAGAACAAAGAAAUCAAGAUUGAACCAGACCCAUGUGGAUUGGACUGCUUCCUGUGGCUGGAAGGAGCAAAGGAAUAUGCCAUGCUUCACAAUCCACGCUCAAAAUGCUCUGGACGUCGAAGACGUCGGCACCAAGUGGUCAAUGCUUCUUCCACCAACACUUCCACCUCUGCUGUGGCUGAGACAAAAGAGGGAGACAGUGACAGGGACACAGGAAAUGACUGGGCUUCCAGCUCUUCAGAGGCCAACUCUCGGUGUCAGACACCUACCAAACAGAAGGCCAGCCCCGCCCCGCCUCAGCUCUGUGUAGUGGAAGCACCCCUAGAACCUGUGGAAUGGACUGGAGCUGAGGAAUCCCUCUUCAGAGUGUUCCAUGGGACCUACUUCAACAAUUUCUGUUCAAUAGCCAGGCUCCUGGGAACUAAAACAUGCAAGCAGGUCUUCCAGUUUGCAGUCAAAGAGUCACUUAUCUUGAAGUUGCCAACAAAUGAGCUCAUGAACCCCUCACAGAAGAAGAAAAGAAAACACAGGCUGUGGGCUGCACACUGCAGGAAGAUUCAACUUAAGAAAGAUAACUCCGCCACACAGGUGUACAACUACCAACCCUGUGACCAUCCAGACCGUCCCUGCGACAGCACCUGCCCCUGCAUCAUGACCCAGAAUUUCUGUGAGAAGUUCUGCCAGUGCAACCCAGACUGUCAAAACCGAUUCCCAGGCUGCCGCUGCAAGACCCAGUGUAACACCAAACAGUGUCCCUGCUACCUCGCUGUUCGGGAAUGUGACCCCGACCUGUGUCUCACCUGUGGGGCCUCAGAGCACUGGGACUGCAAGGUGGUCUCCUGCAAGAAUUGCAGUAUCCAGCGUGGUCUUAAGAAGCACCUGCUGCUGGCCCCCUCAGAUGUGGCUGGAUGGGGCACCUUCAUCAAAGAGUCUGUACAGAAGAAUGAAUUCAUUUCUGAAUAUUGUGGCGAGCUUAUCUCUCAGGAUGAGGCUGACCGUCGGGGAAAGGUCUAUGACAAGUACAUGUCCAGCUUUCUCUUCAACCUCAACAAUGAUUUUGUGGUGGACGCCACUCGGAAAGGAAAUAAAAUUCGAUUUGCAAACCACUCAGUGAAUCCUAAUUGCUAUGCCAAAGUGGUGAUGGUGAAUGGAGAUCAUCGGAUUGGAAUCUUUGCCAAAAGAGCCAUCCAGGCUGGGGAAGAACUCUUUUUUGAUUACAGGUACAGCCAAGCCGAUGCCCUCAAAUAUGUGGGGAUUGAGAGGGAGACAGAUGUCCUCUAGUCUUUCUAGGCCCCAACUUCCAGUGCCUCUAGCAGUGCUGCCUCUGCUUUCAUGCUCACAUCGUGGCUGCUUUAGUCUUCUGCACUGUCUCCUGUACUCAGAAACCCUCUCUUCUUACCCCCUUUGUAGUGAAGCAGAGGGGGAGAAGUUCUUUGUCUCAGUCAGAAUGAAGUCUGGGGGCUUGUAGGACUCGGAUUCUCAGGAAAGAAAGAGACAAGGGCAAGGAGGUGGGGGAGUGCCUCCUCCCAGCUCAGAGGCAGACAGUAAAGGCUAGGGAACUGAUGAUGAUAACUUGGUUUCCUGUUAGCUCCCUUUGCUGGGGGCCAGACCUAGGGCAGUAUCUAUGGGGAUUAGAAAGUCAACACUGUCUUAUCUUAGAUCUGUAAAUCAAGAUCCUUCAAAUAGUUAGGUCCCCAGCAGCCUCUCUUCUCUGACCCUAGAACCUGGGAAGGGUGGUAGCAGUGAAUAGGACUGGGAACCAGUCAUGGAAGGUCAGGGCAAAGUAUGUCCUGACAGCACAGACUGAAUUUAAGUAGGGGGUUGAGUCUUCUUGUUCCCUCUUCCCCAUUGCCUAGUGGCAGAGGUUAACUUAAUCUGACCAAAUAGAAGUUGCCAAGAAGAGUGUGCACUGUUGCUGCCUAAUUAGGCUAGGCGUGAAAGGGUGCCCUCUCCUCACGUUCAGGGAAGGACUGGGCUGAGGACAGGGCUUGAGGGGCAGGAGCCUUGAAAGAAGGUUUUGUCCAUGAAGAUGGACUGAUAUUUUCAGACUUCCAGGAAGGAGUGUCAAGUUCCCUACUGCCUCCUUUGCCACCUAUCAGGCUCUUUGGAGUGUUGUGCUGCUGAAAUGUUGAAGAGUUUAAGGGAGGGAGUUGGAGGGAGAGAGACAGAGAGAGAAAGAGAAUGUGUGAGUGUGUGUUGGGACCUAUUUUGUUCUAGCUUCCUUCCCCUCCCUUCCCCCCAGACCAGACUUAAGGGGCCACUGUUAAGUAUCCCUUCAGGGUGGAAAGGCCCAGGUACAGAUUGGGGGUAGAGGAGUAGGGACACACAGGAUGCAGAUAUAAUUUGCUUUCCUGAUUUUUGGCACCUUGUUUGGGAUUGGUGGAUUGGUAGGUAUGUAGGGGGGUGGGGGCUUAACAUGCAUGUGUGUAGAGAUGUCCAUACAUGUAAUUAUAAACUGGCAAUGCAUGGAUGUGGGACUAGUGGAGCUUCUAUUGCUGUUAAGUAUUAUAAGGCAGCUGGGUCCUCUCUAAGGAAACUUGCCAGCAAAGCACUUUAACUGUUUCCUUUAGAAGACCUGGAGGCAUGGGUGGGAAUAGGGAUUAAACUGUGGUCCCUGGGAUCCCACCCCAAACCUAGUUUCUGAGGAGAAGGAGGUUGCUUUCCUUGCAUCCAAUUCCCUUGGGGAGCUAAGAGAAGUUGUGUUGACAGAGGGAUCUAGUCAUGGUGAGAAUGGGGCCAACCAAGGAGAUGUGUGUCUGGCAGGUUUGCUGAGCUGGCAGGGAACUGGGGAGCGCCUCUGUGCUUAGGUGGAAAGGACAUGGGCAAGUCCAGACUGGCCUAGGGAGUGUCUCAAAUGAGGAUGCAAGGCUUUCCCCCUCUUUCUUUAGGGAGGAAGUGCCUUUCUCCUUGAUCUGGACUGAUCAUUCUCCUCCUGGCCUUCUACCCUUAGGUGUGUCACAUUAGAUCAGGGUGGAUUUCCUUAUGACCAUUUUAGUCAGGGACUACCAUACUUCUUAUGGGCAUUCUGAAAUCACUUUCUCAGCCAGUUCAACUGGCCAUCUGCCCACUUUUCUCAACCCCAUCCCCAGCUGCCCCUCAGACAUUCCUAGCCAGCUCUUGGCAGGGCCUAGCUGUUUAGCCAGCUAGCCUUCGAAGUGAUUCUGAAGUCAAGGCCUGCUGUGUGAUGAAGGGAAUACUCCCUUUCCCACCGCCACAGUCUGCUAAGGGCCCUGAAUUGCUCCUAGAUUAGAGGGGAAAAACCCAGAGACAUUUGGCAUCAAUUCAGAAAGCCUAGACAGCUCAGCUUUUUUUUCCCCUUUUUUUUUGGAGUGGCGGUCUCUAGAUCAAGCAGCCAUAUGCUGGCCAGGAGAAGGGGUGGGGGAAGGCAGGGUUUUUCGUCAUGGUUAGGAUGGAAGGAACUUUUACCACUCUUCUUUCAGGCUCUCUCUAGUUUCCAAAGUCACUGGGAUUUAUCCCUCUUAUCUCAUUCAAUCCUUCUUAGAUCCUUAGGAUUCCCUGCCACCCGAAACCUCUCUUCUCAGUUUCCUUCCUCUUUUCAGGAAUGGGGCAGGGAGGCUUGAUGGCAGUGGGGCUUUGUUGCCAGUGAAUCUCAUGCACUUUAAAAUCCUGUGGCUUGUGACCCCCUCGUCAGAAUAAAGUGGUAGAAAUUA